AUGGCUUCGAUUUGCCCGGUAUUACCAGUCUUUCUUGUGGUGCUCGCAGCACUCGCCACCACCUCCAACUCCCAUGGUGACGGUAACCUCACCCUCCGAUGCCAUCCAGACCAGGCUGCAACCCUCCUCCAACUAAAGAAAUCCUUCUCAUUCCUCCGUUACCCCAGCCCCCUUGAGUCAUGGCAGGAUGGUACUGACUGUUGUCUUUGGGAAGGCGUCGGCUGCAGCAAUUCCUCUGGCUAUGUCACUGCUUUGGAACUCGGUGGGUGUGGCUUGUACAGUCAGGGCCUUGACCCUGCAAUCUUCAGGCUCACCUCGCUUCAACUACUCGACCUUAGCAUGAAUGAUUUUGGCCUGUACAGCCUCCCAGCAAGUGGGUUUGAGAGGCUCUCCUUGCUCACCCACCUCAACCUCUCCAAUUCGGGUUUCCAAGGCCAGAUACCUAUUGGCAUCGUCGGACUUGUCAACCUUAUCUCCUUGGAUCUUUCUGGUCUUUAUGAACCCAAUGACGAUUCUGUUUAUGGCUAUGAUUCUGUUUAUAAUCUGCUCUCACUGCAGGAACCCAGCUUUCAGAUCCUUUUAGCCAACCUCAGCAAUCUGAGAGAGCUUUACCUUGAUGGAGUGGAUAUGUCUAGCAGCGGAGAUUGGUGCCAUGCUCUUGCUAAAUCUCUUCCCCAUCUCCGAGUUCUUAGCUUGAGUUCGUGUCAACUCCGCCGUCCUAUUUGUCCGUUGCUCUCAAACCUCCACUCCCUAACUGUGAUCAACCUCCAAGAUAACUUCUAUGAGACAACAGCUCCUUUUCCAGAGUUUUUCAUGGAUUUUCUCAAUUUAAGUGUGCUCCGACUUGGUUCCACAAAUCUCCAAGGGUGGUUCCCUUGUAGAACCUUUGAAUCAAAAACUCUACGAGUUCUUGAUUUAUCCUUUAAUGAGAAUCUCUCAGGGCACAUGCCCAACUUCUCCAACACAAGUUCUUUAGAGACAAUGAUGCUAGACGUGACCAAUUUCUCCUUCGGAAAACCAGGCUCUUUUAGCAAUUUCAAGUCUUUGCAAGCGUUAAGCCUUGAUGUGGAUUUUGCUUUUAUGGAGCAUCAAUCUUCACUCGGUAUUCACACGUCUUUACGACAUUUGGAACUCACCCAGAUGGACUCAACAAAAGAUUUGGGGCUAAUUUUGUCAUGGAUCGGAGACCUGCAAAACUUGGCAAGCUUAGAACUGAGAGGAUGGAACUUCUCUUGGAAAUCUUUUUCUUCAGUAGCCAAACUCAAGAACUUGAGAAGCCUGUCAAUGUAUUACUGCAGUUUCACCAAGCCAUUACUGCCGGCAAUUGGUAAUCUAGUAAAUUUGAGAAGCUUGGUGAUUCAUCGGUGCGAAUUGAAUGGUCCAAUGCCAUCUGCAAUUGGCGACCUCGCAGACUUGGAAAGCUUGGAAAUAACUGCUGAUGAUUUUUUAGGGCCAAUACCAUCUGCAAUUGGCAAUCUCAGAAGCUUGAAAAGCUUGGAAAUUAAUGCUCAUGGUUUAUUAGGGCCGAUACCAUCUUCAAUUGGCAAUCUUAGUAGCUUGAUAAGGUUGGAAAUUUCUGCUUCUGAGUUUUCUGGGCCAAUGCCAGCUGCAAUAUGCAAUCUUAGUAAUUUGGAGGCUUUGGAGAUUUACAGUUCUGGGUUUUCUGGGCCAAUACCCUAUGCAGUUGGACUACUCAAGAAAUUGACAUCACUAUGGCUUCGAGAGUGUAGCUUUUCUGGGAAAAUACCAAAUUCAGUAUUUAAUUUGACUCGCCUAAUUGAGUUAGAUCUUUCAUUUAAUCUUCUCAGUGGGGAAGUUCCAGCGUCUGUUUUCACUAUUCCAACAUUACAACACUUAGAUAUUCAAUCAAACCAGCUCUCUGGCUCUAUACAAGACUUCAACGCGACAUCUUCGCAUUUGCUGUCCGUGGACUUGAGCACAAAUGAAUUGACGGGAAAUAUUCCCAUGUCAUUCUUUCAACUCACAAGUUUGGUAUAUCUCGAUAUUGGCUGGAAUAACUUGGUGGGUUUGGUGGAUCUUUCCUUGUUUCGGAGGCUGGGAAAUCUCAUUCAUUUGACCCUGUCCAACAACAACCUGUCUGUUGUGGACAUGGAUGCAGAAGGCAAAAAUUCUCCGUCUACCUAUCUCCCUCGACUUAUGAGGUUAGAAUUAGCAAGUUGCAAUUUAACGGGAUUUCCAAGUUCAUUAACACACCUUAACCAAUUGUCUUACUUGGACCUGUCAUGCAAUAGAAUCAGUGGGCCUAUUCCAAAGUGGAUAUGGGUGACAUGGAACAUCAGCCUCACAUAUUUAAAUCUUUCACACAACUUUCUCAGCAUUAUCCAACUUACAUCAUAUGUUCUCCCUUUCGAUCGGUUGGAAACUCUUGAUCUCAGUUCCAAUCAGCUUCAGGGGCAGAUUCCUAUGCCAAGCCCGUCAGCAUUUUUCUUGGAUUAUUCAAACAACAAUUUCUCUUCAGUGCUUCCAAACUUUACUUUCUAUCUUGGCCAAGAGUUCAGGAUUUCUAAAAACAAGAUUAGUGGACACAUACCUAACUCAAUUUGUGAUUCAACUAUCAGUGUCCUUGACCUAUCUUUUAACAACUUCAGUGGGCAGAUACCUUCCUGUCUAAUAGAAGAUGGUUACACGAGCGUGUUGAAUUUGCGGGAGAAUCAAUUUGGAGGUGUGUUGCCUAACAACAUCAAAGACCAAUGUUUCCUUCACACAUUAGACUUGAACAACAAUAAAAUUGAAGGGCAGCUUCCAAGGACACUUACAAAGUGCUUGCAGCUGGAGUUCCUUGACGUUGGAAAUAAUCACAUAGUAGGUACUUUUCCAACAUGGCUGGGGAUACUUCCCAGACUUCGCGUCCUUGUCAUGAGAUCCAACCGAUUCUAUGGCUCAAUGGGUGGUGAUCUUCACAGCAAUGACAAUCCUGGGGAAUACUUCUCUAGCUUGCAGGUUCUUGAUGUUGCCUCGAACAAUUUCUUUGGUAAUUUGAGUCCAGAUUGGUUUGAGGGGCUGAAAUCAAUGAUGGCAGAGUUGAACACUACAGGUUAUAUUAUUCGUGCUGUUAACGGAAGUUAUGAAGAUCCCUAUCAGGACACUGUUGCUAUAUACUAUAAAAGCAUCUAUAGGACAUUUGAUAAGAUCUUGACCACUUUUACAGCAAUUGACCUAUCAAAUAAUUCAUUUGAUGGCACCAUUCCUGGAUCGCUUGGGAGACUUAUUUCGUUACAUGUACUAAACAUGUCAGGCAAUGCCUUCACCGGCGAUAUUCCGCAGGAAUUUGGCGGGAUGACUCAAUUAGAAUCACUAGAUCUGUCUCAGAACCAGCUUUCUGGUGAAAUUCCGGAGGCACUAACAAAUCUCACCUUUCUUGGUAUCUUGAACUUGUGCAACAACCAGUUGGUGGGAAGGAUACCUCGGUCAGGUCAAUUUUUUGGGACGUUUCAAAACAGUUCAUUUGAAGGGAAUCUGGGUCUGUGUGGACCGCCACUGUCCAACCCAUGCGGCAUUCCACCCGCUCCUCCAAGUGUGGCGCGUGGGGAGAAGUCCUCUCAUGUGGACGUCAUCUUGUUUCUCUUCGUCGGGCUGGGCUUUGGCAUUGGAUUUGCAGCUGCCAUCCUCAUGAGAUGGGGUCUGAUCGGCAAAUGA